UGAAAUGCUACGAAUCUGUAUUGUCUUUCCUAAUGUAACGAGGGCAUUGCAUGCAUUCAAUUGAAUAAAACUGCUUGCACAGCCUAAUGCUAUCCAAUACCGAGCAGAUGAAACAGGUAAACCAGGUGUGAAUGAAAAAAACGGGCAAAGUGCGCUUAAAAGGCGCAGUGGAGCUGCACAGUGCGUCUAUCAGGGCGCGGUCCGUCCAAGGUGCGCCAUCCCCUGCCUUGUCUGCUUCCUCACCUGACGAACUGGAUCCCCGUCCCGAGAUAACCGGAACUAGGCGGACCGGGGAGCGAGCCAUGGCCCAUCUGGAGCCGCUCAAAUCGGCUCUCUCCAUCGUCAACGUGGACGACACCUCGCUGGCCCUACCCUCGGCCCACCAGUACCGAUCUGGGCAGCAGCGGGUUCUGGAGCAGGUCCAGAGCGUGCAGAGGACCAGGUCGAGGCACUCAAGCAGCAGGACUGGCUCGACCUCUUUGUCUCCAACUAGCCCUUUGACUGACGUGUUUAAUGAGUCAUGCACCUCCAAUGGAAACGCCUUCUUUGGGAAUGGCUACUCAAAAACUCACUCUCAAGAAAAAAACGUCAACCGCCAAGUGAUCAACAGCACAGCGAGUGUCAGAGCCAAGAAGAAGAGCUCUUUCACCCAUCGCUACAACUAUGGCUACUCGCACGUCGGACCGGUGACGCUGGGCCCGGUUGCCGCCAACCACGAUGAGCCCGACCUGGGCUGGAAGCAGCACUCCUUGCCCAAACAGCACAAUCCUCCACAGAGACUACAAGUACUCUCCAACCGCAGCACCUACAGGGCGGAGAGGACUGUCAGUCAACAAUUCACAAACAACAAUCAGCAGUUUGUGCACAAGCAAGCCGAGACCAACAAAACACAGUCCAAGCCUCCCGUAAUGGAGAGUAUCACCAAGAGCAAAGGCGAUUCUGGGUCUGGGAACAGUGGAAUAGCCGACCUCACCAUGAAGGAAGCUGUGGAGUUUCUCUCCAACGAGGACGACAGAUACAAACACUGUGGUGCCGCUUACAUCCAACACAACACCUUCAUUGACGACAAAGCCAAGGAAGAGGUGCUGAAGCUGAACGGAAUUGCUCCCCUGGUGGCGCUCCUGCAAAGCCCCGGCCUGCGCCUCAAUCAAGCAGCCUCGGCCGCCCUGCGCAACCUCUCCUUUAAAAACAACAACAACAAGGAGGAGAUCCAACGCUGUGGAGGCAUCGUGGCUGCCGUAGCACUGCUAAGGGAAACAGACUCAUUGGAGAUCCAGAAACAGCUGACAGGUCUUCUGUGGAAUUUGUCGUCGACCAACAGCUUGAAGACGGACCUUCUUAAGACCACUCUGCCUGUCCUGAUGGACCGCAUCAUUCUGCCUUACACGACCAGUCCAGAGAGGGCCACCAUCAACGGCCCCGACCACGAGACCUUCUUCCACGCCACCAGCUGUCUACGAAACCUCAGCAGCACAAAGCAAAGCAACCGCCAGACUAUGAGGAAGUGUCGCGGUUUGGUGGACUCUCUGGUUGCUUACCUUGAAGACUGUGUGGACGCUGGCAAACCAGAAGAUAAGUCUGUAGAGAACUGCGUGUGCAUCCUGCACAACCUAACCUUCCAGCUGCAGACUGAGGCACCGGCCUUGUUCAACCGCAUCACAGCACUGGCCAUGCCUGUUAGCAAGGGCGAUAGUGAGGGCGACUCCGGUCCAAUUGGCUGCUUCAGUCCACAGAGGCAAGGGUCGGAGAGCAAGCGCUACUUUGACUUCCCUGUUGUGGAGGACCCCCAUCCUAGUGGUGUAGGCUGGCUCAUUCACUCCAAAACUCUGCAAACCUACCUGUCCUUGCUCCGCUCUAGUCAGCAAGAAGAAACCCAAGAAGCCUGCUCUGGAGCGCUGCAGAACCUCACUGCACAUGAAGGCAUUGUGUCCAAUGCCAUGAGCCAGACCAUUGUGCAGAAACUGGACGGCCUGCAGGCGGUCACCCCUCUUUUAAAGUCAAAUAAAGUCAGUGUGCAGAGAAACGCAGUGGCCUUGGUACGAAACCUGUCCAAGAACGCAAACUUGCACAGCACCUUAGCUCGGAAAGUGCUGCCCGAGCUGCUGAGCAUCCUCCAGGCGGGCACCAGCAAAGGCAACGAGUCUGACGACACGCUGGCCCUGGCAUGCCAGGCGGCCAACUUUCUGCUCACGAUGGAACCCGAGAGAGGCAAGCACCUGUUGAACGGCAGCUUGAUCAACUCGCUGCAGGAGCUCAGCCAAAACAGAUAUUUCCCCAAAACUAGCAAGGCGGCAUCGCUGUUUCUCUACCACCUGUGGUCUGAUAAAGACAUCCAGAACCUCCUGAAGAAGCAAGGAAUGAACAAGUCGGCGUUUGUGAACGACAUCACCACGGCGGUGCACAAGGCGGCUUACGCUGUCAACUAGGACGCAUCCCAGGCAUCCUGUCUCAUUUCACUUGUGCAAUUUGAAGUUAACACCUUCAAAAUUCUCUUUGACAAUUGGAUUUUUGUUUCCCACGAUUGUUUUGAAAAGGAAGUGUCAAUAAAGUUUUAU